AUGGAGUGGAAAAAUGAUAUUUUAAGCUUCAGUGGAUUUGAUUAUGGUGUUUCGAAACGAACAAAGCUGAUAAAAGAAUCUUACUGUGAUUAUAACCAGCAAUCUGAGUUGAAGAAGUCUUCUUCAAUUGAAGAGUUGAAAGAGUACGAAUUAGAUACUCAGGUUAGACAGACAUUAGAAAAAACAGACGAAGAUGGUGGGAACAAAUAUCAACCGGAAGAAUGUGAAUUCGACUCGAUGACUGAAAGGAAAAUUGAGAAUCUUUAUUUUCAAAAUGUCGAGCAGGCAGAGAGAAAGAUGAAAAAAUUAACAAUUCUCAAAUCAAAAUGGUCGGAACCGUGGCAAGUUGGAGAUGAGAUAGUUGCAAAAACAUAUCUGAAACCGAAAAACCAUGCGAAUCCCUGGAAAGAUGGAACGAUUCUAGAAAAGGAAGCGGCUGAAACAUUGAAGAACCGUCAGAAACGAGGAAUGUGUACUAUAAGCUAA